AUGCCACCAUUAGACCGCAUGGAUGAGGAUCCGGGCGAUAAUAUCGCCUAUCGCAUAUGGAUUGGGACUAUUGUUACUGUGGUACCGGCUACUGUUAUCACUGCGUUGCGGUUUAUCGCGCGGACUGUUUCGCGGGUUGGGCUUUGGUGGGAUGAUUAUACCAUUGCGGUUGCUCUUGUGAUUAAUUGGGGAAUGGCUGCUACACGAUGGGCGCAAGUUCUGAUGUAUGACUAUGGCCGACAUACUCAAUACGUAGCGUCCGAAAAAGUCAUAAACUUUCAGAUAAGCUUCAUCGCGGUACAAAUAACGUACUUCUGCAAUGCCGUCUUCACCAAAGCCUCGUUGCUACUUCUCUACCACCGAAUCUUCGGCGUCGUUUCAGGAUUUCGCUGGGCUCUAGGAAUCUCAGCAUUCCUAGUUACGGCAUAUUUCAUCGCUUGUGUCAUCGUCACUAUUGCCGGCUGCUCUCCUGUCUCGUACUACUGGUACAGACACCAGGAAGGGUCAUGCAUUGACGAAGUGAACUUCUACCGAUGGAACGGCAUCGUCAACAUGCUUCUAGAUGUAUUGGUGCUAUGCUUACCGUUCCCAAUGACCUGGCGUAUCAAGACAUGCCUCCGACAGAAGUUAAUACUAACGGGAAUAUUCCUCCUCGGUGGAUUCGUCUGCAUCGUCUCCAUCCUCCGCAUAAUAGCCUUCGACUUCUCCGACGCCAACGACCCAAUGUACAGCACAAUCAACACAGCAACAUGGUCCUCCAUCGAGCAGUCUGUCGGCAUAAUCUGUGCCUGUCUCCCAACUCUCCGCCCCAUGUUCCGACAACUAUACGACGCUUCUCACAAUUCCACAGAUAAAGGCAGCGGGUCUGGAUCGCGCACGCUUUCGUCUUCUUUGCCUAUUCGCCUGUCGCAGCUGGGUUCGCCCCAGGCCGAGGCUGACGGGAGCACGGUUUGUUUUGCGAGAUUGCCUACUGCUAUUACUGCUACUGAUGGGUCGAGGUCGAGGGCCUCGUCGACGACGCAGACGAGGACGGGGCAUGGGGUUGAUAUGUAUGGGUAUGCACCGUCGAUACCAUCGGUAGCGACGGGGGGGAGGAGUCGAGCUGGGUCGAGUGGAUUGGGGAAGGAGGCGCAGCAGUGUGUAUGA